UUCAUAGUUUUGAUGUCUUCACUAUUAUUCUACAAUGUAGAAAAUAGUAAAAACAUAUAUAAGAAAAACCCUUGAAUGAGUAGGUGUUCUAAAACUUUUGACCGGUAGUGCAUUCAUACCCAACCUCACACUAACCCAUACAAAUGAGCAGGCUUGGGUUGGAGCCUGUUGCCCCUGUAAAGCCACCAAACUAUUUUUUUCUCAUACAGUAUUAGAAGGGUAAAGGACUGAGAAAUUGUAGCAAUACUUACAGCACUCCUGCUAACGACUCUUGUUCAUUGCAAUAAAUAAAUAAAUGUGUACAAAUAUAUUAAAUGUUAUUUCGGAGAUAAUAUUGAAUCAUUAUAGACUGUUUUAGCGAUGUUGGCAAAAGAGUUUCCUUAUUGUUGAAUAAACAAACUGAAGAUCAAUAAAUUAUUUACAAAAUGACUGUGGUGGUGAUGCUAUAUACUGUGCAGUGUAUGUUCAUAGAAAUGCUUUUGAAUACUGAUUGUUAAGUUUUGAUGUCUUAUGUCUGACUAGUAGUGCAGAGUGAGCUUUGUGAAGAAAUCAGAAAAAGAACACGUUAUGUGCUGUGAAAACUCGGAAUUGACCAGAAUUGAGAAACAGAUCCGUCAUGAAACAGAAAACACACACAUUGCAUCACAUAUGAUGAGGUCACAGGUGUCUACCAAUGAGAAGACCAGAGGAAGCUCAAAAGAAGUGAAAAAGAGAAGGAACCAGUUAAGUGACAGAUAAACUGCAAAAAGACUUUGAGACAACAGAACAACCACGACACACAGGACAACACAAAUACGAAGAUACUGCACAGAAAGACAAAGACUCCUUGACAGAAAACGUUAGAACUGAGGAUGCUGGAGAACGUCACAGGUGACGUGCAGAAUGACACUUUCUCCUGCCACCACCCCUCAGUGGAGGCCUACCGCUACUUCGGCGUGCUGUGGGGUUCGGUAGUAACCAUAGUUGGAACGGUGGGGAACAUGCUUACCAUUCUUGCCUUCGCCACGGACACCCGGCUGCGGACGCGUUUCAACGUGCUGAUUGUGAACCUGGCCCUGGCGGACCUGUUGUACUGCACCCUGCUGCAGCCCGUCUCCGUCGACUCCUACCUACACCUCCGCUGGAGGGGCGGACCUCUCUGGUGCAGCAUCUUCGGCCUCCUCCUCUUUCUCUCCAACUCUGUCUCUAUCAUCACCCUGUGUCUGAUCGCUGCCAGCCGUUACCUGCUGGUGACGAAGCGGGAUGUGUUUGAGCGGGUGUUUUCUGGUCGAGGCCUGGUCAUCCUCCUGCCCUCCACCUGGGCCCUGGGCCUGGCCAGCUUCGGCCCACUCUGGCCCGUUUAUGUAUUCGCCCCACAGGUGUGCACCUGCAGCUUCCACCGCACCAGGGGGCGCCCUUACACCACCGUGCUGCUGUUCUUCUACUUCUUUAUCGGCCUGGGCUGCGUGGGGAUUUUCUACCUGCUCAUUUACAGGCGAGUCAGGUUGGCGGCACAGGCGCUGGUCCGCUACCGGUUUAGCCGACGCUCAUCACGAAAGAAGCCGAACUCAUCAGAACAAGGGACGGAGGGGGAUAGUGGAGUCGGGAGUGGGGCGGCCACCACCCAGAGCUGUGAAUUGAGCAGCCAGUCAGAACUAGCCCAAUGCAAGGGUGUAGAGGUGAAGGUGCACCCUGGGAAAGCCCAGUCCUCCCACUCCACCUUGGGCUCUGCUUUAACUUCGCAUUCAGCUCACAUAGCAGGGGGACAGGAGCUCCCCCCUGCCCUCAACCCUGUGCCCCGCUCAGCCACUCCUGCCCCCAUCACUGCCCCCUCCUCCUCCACCACCUCUUUAGGGGACAAUGUUGAGUUUAGACGUGUGACCCGGAUGUGUUUCACUGUCUUCCUGUGUUUCGUGGGCUGUUUUGCCCCGUUCCUGCUGGUGAACAUUGCUGAUAAGCAGAACCGUGCACCUCAGGUGCUCCACAUGUUCUGUGCCAACCUCACCUGGCUCAACAGCUGUAUUAACCCUGUGCUCUACGCUGUCAUGAACCGCCAGUUCGGCCAGGCCUACCGGGCCCUUCUGGUCAGGGCCGCCACACCCUUCACACACCUCUGGACACGGUGACCUAUACAUGUUGGUUGUUUAGCAGAUGCAGUUAUUCAGACUGACUUUAGUCAGUGCCAUCAAUUAAGCUACAUAAGACAACCACACAUUGGUAAUUAUCACUCACUUUUCUCAGCCCACACUGGUAUGGAUGGAGCUACUUCCUCCUGUAUAACUUCCUCUCCUCCUUCCUGAAUAUCACAUUUACUGUCACCUAGCAAGGAGAAAAUAUGCUAUUCUGUGAUUUUUGGAAAGGGCUCAUUUAUUUUGGGCUAAGAUAAUGCUAGUUUUUUUCCCGAGUUACAAACACCAAUGUACACUUACUGUUAAGCCUUUGUCCCCAUACAUGAAACAGCUUUCAGAGCUUAAAAGUUCACCUCUUUAAUGUGGCCAUAUAAUGUGGUCAAAACUCAUCAGGAAAUCUAUUUUAUUCCAGCAGGAAGCCAGAAGCUACCAAUAGGGAGAUAGUGUAUCAAAACCCGGGGGGUGUUAGUUACGCAAAGAACUAUAGCCUCCUUUACGUCUUGUGUUUAUUUAUUGUCUGUGCCAUUGUACUUUUGUCUGUUCAUUUACACUCCCCUACUGUACAUGUGUAUUUGGAAAGUAAUGAUAAAUGUUUUAAUCUGGCUCUAUACUCCAGCAUUUUGGAUUUGAGAUCAAAUGUUUCAUAAAAAGUGACAGCAGACUGUUACCUUUUUAUUUGAGGGUAUUUUCAUCCUUAUCUGAUUUAACGUUUAGAAAUGAAAGCACUUUUUAUAUCUAGUCCCCCCAUUUGAAGAUGUCAAGUAUUUGGACACAUUUCACUUAGUGUAUUUAAAUAGUCAUAAGUUUAGUAUUUGGUCCCAUAUUCCUUGCACACAAUGAUUACGUCAAGCUUGUUGGAUGCAUUUACAGCUUAUUUUAGUUGUGUUACGAAUUAUGUUUUGUCCAAUAGGAAGUGAAUGGUGAAUGAUAUUUUUGGUGUCACUUUUAUUGUAAUACUAUAAUAUGUUUGUGAACAUUUCUACAUGAAUGUGGACACUACCAUGAUUAUAGAUCAUGAAUAAAUUUUGAAUGAUGAGAGAAAGUGUAAUGGAAAUUAUAUGAUUAAAGGUUUGACUAAAUGAUUUCACUCAGAAGCCAUAUAACAUGUUGAAAUGUAUUAGAAAUUAUAAGGCUAUAAUAAGGUGUUAAAGACUAGAAUCCAAUGCUGUGUGUGAGUAGAUUUUUAAGACUAGGACACUGUUACUACUUCAAAAUGAGCAGGGUAGAGUUGAUAAGACAACCUUGGAAAAGGAACAGGAGUAGAGGCCUGAGAAUGAGAAACAACGGCCUGAGAAUGGCUUAGCUGGCAGGAGAUUAGAAGACAGGUUGCAAGGUUUGAUAAUGAAUGUCUGUGUACUGGGGAAAAAUACAACCGCCUAAAGCGGGGUGGAGUUCUCUACUGAUGCGAGUUCAUUUGGGUGUGUGUGGUAAUAUAAAAGGCUUUGUGCAUUGUAUGGAUUUUAGAGCUCUCGUAAAUAAACGUUCUGAUCAUUGUA